CUGUUUUGACUGUUUUGACUUAAGAGUUGCUGACUUUUUAUUUAUAAACAGAAAUAAACAGAAAAGACGGGAAAACAUGGUGUGAACCGUGAGCCAGACACCCACACCACACCGACACUCGGCCACACACACACCACACCGCACUUGUUGUUGUUUCAUUUGAACUUUUGCAAUUGCCAAUUGCGAAAAUCGCCCAAGGAGCCCCAAAGAUUAUGCACCCAAGUUGCACGCUGCACAGAAAUUGAUUCGAAGAGACGGAGGAAAGGAAAGGCAACCAAGCAGAGAUACAGAGAGAGAAAAAGAAAGUGCUCCGACGGCCUUGGGCGAAAAACGGGAGCAGCGCGAAGCAACCCAAUUAAGUAGCCCAGGCUGGUGGGUUCAGUAGGUCACUGCCGCACCGUUUUUGCAAGGGGGCAGUGGCCCAAGGACAUUCGGGAGGAGGCCCCCAACACACAGCCCCCACAAUCUACGCCCACUGCUAAGGAUAUAGAGACAGCCACCCACCUACCCACCAAUUUUGUUUGGCAAUGAGACGGUGCGCUGGCAAUGCGCUCACUUGAAGGCAGCCGUCGACAGGUCGAGCAGCUGCAGCUGGAGCUGGAAGCCAAGGAUCAGGAUAAGGAUCAGGAUCGGAGUCCCCGCCAGGAGCAGGAGCAGACAGUCGCACGGCCAUCGAUGGCCAACGAACGCAAGCAGAGCAGUCCCAAGGUGGAGCUAACCAAGCUCAGUCACGAGCUGAUCGAGGAGUGCAAGCGCAGCCAGGAGGACUCGCUGCUGUCGCGCCACCUGCGCCACGAGCUGGAAAAGCUGCCCCGCGAUUCCCGUCGCGAGUUGGUGCGGAAGCAGCGAAAUGGCUGCGCACCCCUCUUCAUUGCCUGCAAAAGAGGAGCCGUGGACAUCGCCGAGUAUCUCAUCACCAUCUGCGAGGCGGACAUUGAGCAAAGGGGUCACUUUGAGGUGCCGGAGGAUAACAGCUUCCACUAUGUAUCGCCACUCUGGGCAGCCGUCGUCUCUGGCAAACUUUCCAUGGUCAAGUACCUUGUGCGGAUCGGAUGCGACAUUAAUGCCACCUCCGAUUCGGGAUCGACGCCCGUGAGGAGUGCCUGCUACAUGACCCACGUUGAUAUCGUCAAGUUCCUGGUGGAGAACGGAGCGGAUAUCAAGCGACCGAAUAUCAAUGGCGGCACCUGUCUGAUCAAUUCGGUGCAGUCUGUGCAGUUGUGCUUGUAUCUGGUGCGCAAGGGAGCGGACAUUAACGCAAGGGACAUUCAGGACAAAACGGCGCUCCACUAUGCAAUCCAGGAGCAUCGGCUGGACACCACAAAGAUGUUAAUCGAGCAGGGUGCAGACCCGUAUGCCAAGAGUCGGAACGGAGACGAUGCCCUUCGCACUGCCUGCUUGAAGGGAGCUCAUCAGAUCUUCGACUUCUUGAAGAAGGAGCUGAAUUAUUUGCCUGCCAGACUGGCGGAGGCACACGAGUUGAUGGGAUCGACGUUCCUGGACGAGCACAACGAGUCGCGGGUGUGCAUCCUACAUUGGCGCAUGGCACAUCACAUACGGGCAGCAUAUUCUCCGUAUAUUGAGAAGAAGCCACAGGUUCCUUUGCGCACUGCCUACGAGAAUGCUGUGGAGUUUAGUACGCUGGAGGAACUGGACAACAUUGCCACUGAUAUGGAUGCGAUGCGAACCCAGAGCCUGCUCAUUUGCGAGAGGGUUCUGGGGCUGACCCAUAAGGAUAUGCUGUUUCGGUUAACAUUUAGGGGCGCCUCGUAUGCGGAUUCACUCCAGCUUCAGCGCUGCAUCGACCUGUGGCGGUUCCUGCUCGAAGUGCGCGUGUCAAACUGGUCCAUCCUGCAUUUUGAAACUUGUUUCGCAGCGCAGGCGCUGGUGCGAUUGAUGUUGGAUCUACAUGUUCAGAACUCGAGUCACAUAAGGAGCGAUGCCAGAGCCAGGUUCGUGCACCAGGAUAAAGUGCUGCCCCGGUUUGAGGAUGUGCUCGGCGUCUUUCGAACCCUGGCGGAAAGCGCCAUUGUGGUGAAGCACCUGCUACUCUUGAGGCCUGUUUUUAGAAGGCAGCAGGAGAACUACGACCGGGUGAUGAGGUGUUUGGCUCAUCUUAUUUAUUUGCUGAUCAAUACCGUCCACACGGAGGCGCAGAACAAACUUAUCUGCCAGGCGGUACACGAGACCGUGGUUGUGGGCAAUUUACGUAGUGCCAGCACCGCCGACACAAUGCUCCAUCUCUGCGCCUCGCGGCUGAACGUCAUCAAGAGCGGCUACAUCACUGACGACAACUUUGCCGAUAAGACUGUGUUCCCCAAUGCGGAUGUCAUCAAGCUGCUCAUCCAGUGCGGUGUCGAUGUCAACAUCAAGAACGAAGCCAAAUCCACGCCCCUGCACGUAGCCUGCCAGCCCUACAACUACGACAAUGAGAUUGUUCAUUUAUUGCUCAAGUGCGGAGCGGACAUCGAUCAGCCGAAUCGUGCCGACAAGCGGCCCUACGACCUAAUAGCCUCUAAUCCCACCAGUACCAUUCCGCUGCUCAACUUUGUGACGCUGCAGUGUUUGGCGGCGACGGCGAUCAGCAAACACCGAAUACCCUACCACAAUCAGCUCCACAGACAGCUGGAAAAGUUCGUCCGAAGCCACGAACCGUGAAAAGGCAGCUAAAUCCGAAGAAAACGCCGGAAGCGUGUUUAAUGUCUAUGUCUUAUGUCUAAAUUAUAGGCGUUUCAACCCAAAAGGAUUGUCCCCAUUCGGAAUUUUCAAAAUUUCACCAGUGUCGGUUACUUUGUCUCGCUCUAUAUAUUAAAUACAUAUUUACAGAUAUCUAUAUCUAUUGUUAAAUCGGCUUAAAGUAGUUUAAAACUCCAAUCGAGAUCAGAAGAAAUAGAUGCAGAAUCAGAACAAACAUUGUAACAGAACAAGCAAAAAGUGUAAACGAUGAACGUGAUAUUAAAAACUACAUAUAUAUAUAGAGAGUGUA